AUGAUGAUGGCAGAAACUAUGACAUCAACGUUUAACCCAUUAGAUACAAAAUCAAAAAGAACAUAUAAAAAGCAAAAAGAUGUUCAUUAUGAUCUAUCAACAAUUUCUUCAAACAAAAACUCAGUUAAUUCUUCGACAAACAAUACUAAUGAUUGGCAUCGAUUGUUAUUAACUCGUCUUAAGCCUGGUGUUACAGGAAAAUAUCGAAUGACAAGAAAAAAUGGCAUUAAAUCAGGCAUAAUUUCAUCAACAUCGUUUGACGAUUCAAAUGUGAUAUUACGAUCAUACAAUGAUGAAUCAUCCAUAAGUCAAUCGGAUACAUUGAAACAACUUGAUUCUUCAACAGAAAAUUCAAUAAGAAGAGAUAAUCACUAUGUAAAAAAUUCUACGUCAAAUCGAUCUGAUGAUCAUAUUACUUCACUCAAGCGACGAGUCAGAAAACAACAAAUGAGAUAUCUACAAAAUCAAACAAGUUUUAUUCAAGACAGUACAUUUCAAUUAUCCUCAUCAACUGAUCUCAUGUUUAUACCAUAUUCCAAACGAAGUAGAUCACCACAUCGUUUUAGAGCACAGAAAAUAAGUUAUGUUGUUCCAUUACCAUCAUUAAUGAAUUCCACCAGAGCAGUACCAACUCAUUUACAUGACAUUAAGUUGAACCUUUAUGGAUAUUAA